AUGUUGCUAUUUUUUUAAAUGCAAGGUAAAUUGUGUUAGUGACCGCUUGGGUUUUAAGGAGUGGCACGUGGAUGUGGAAGGUUAUGAAUUUCUUUCGUCAGGCCACAGCAAGAAUCCUCAAAAUGUAAUAUUUGAGAGAAGGAAUAUGUGAACCAUUAUGGCUUUUGGGCUUUCAUCAAAGGUCAGAAGGCCAUCCAGUUCCCUAAAGAAAAAGUUGAUGGUUCGGUUAGAAUUACAUAGAGACUCUAUGGAUAUCCUUAAAAUAGUGCUAAGGAUCAAUGAAACCCAAGGCAAGACAGUUCAAGAGGUUAUUGCCCUUGCUGAAGAAAAAGAUGGAGAACUGUUUCUUGAUACAUGGAGGUUUAUCUUUGAACUUCUCUCCUUAACAAAAGAUUUUGAGAAACUUGUCAAUGCUGAUCAUUGGCAACUGACAGAUCCUAUUAAAACCUUAGAAAGUCCUCUUCACAACCAGCAUGCAAGGGAUGCUUAUCACAACACUUGCAAGAGAAGUGUGCAGGAGAAUGCACCAUACAGCAACAAGCCUGAGGAGCCUCUUUCAAACAAACUGAAGGAACCAAGGAUUAAUAAUCGAAAAGUGUCAAGAUUGGAGACCCAGAAGACAAGGUCUUCAUCAGAGAAUUGGCCAGAAUGGAGUUUACCACCACCUUCAGAAGAUAGCCUGAGCCAGGAAACUUGGAAAGAAACUAGUAUGGAAAUGGGAGAUGACAAAGCGAAAGGAGAAAGAACUGUUUCUUUAGAUGGGCGGAACUUGCAGCAAUUUUGGAAUGAUAACCCUCCUUUGUUAUCACCAGCACCUUUACCAGCUGUAGUCCCUGCUAGCCAGUUGGAGCAAUCUGCUGCACCUGACACAGGUGUUACAGAGAAAGAGGAAGGCAGGAGUUCAACAUGGCAGAUCAAUUCAGGUCAAGGUUUGUCUUCAGGGCAUUCAUCACUGGUCAGAAGGCCAUCCAGUUCCCUAAAGGAAAAGUUGAUGGUUCGGUUAGAAUUACAUAGAGACUCUAUGGAUAUCCUUAAAAUAGUGCUAAGGAUCAAUGAAACCCAAGGCAAGACAGUUCAAGAGGUUAUUUCCCUUGCUGAAGAAAAAGAUGGAGAACUGUUUCUUGAUACAUGGAGGCUCAUCUUUGAACUUCUCUCAUUAACAAAAGAUUUUGAGACACUUGUCGAUGCUGAUCAUUGGCCAUUGACAUUAGAGAAUGCUCUUCAAGACCAACAUACAAGGGAUAUUAAUUAUAACACCUGCAAGAGAAAUCCUCAGGAGAAUGCACCAUGUCGAGUGUCAAGAUUGGAGACCCAGAAGACAAAGUCUUCAUUCAAGAAUGGGCCAGAGCGGAGUUUACCACCACCUCCAGAAGAUAACCUGAGUCGGGAAACUUGGAAAGAAACUACUUUCAUGGAAACAAGAGAUGAUGAUACAGAACAUCAGAAUCUAGUAGUUGAUGAAGCUGGAGAAAGAACUGUUUCUUCAGAUGGGCAGAACUUGCAGCAAUUUUGGGGUAGUGACACAGAUGAAAGUAUAGAUAAAGAGGACCACAGUGGUUCAGCAUGCCAGAUUGACACCAUUCCAAGUCUAUAUUCAGUUGACUCAAGGACCUCAAGCACUGGAACAAGACCAGUGACCCCUGAACCUGUGGGCAGACUUACAGGUCAUCAAUUACAUCUGAACCAGGAGGACAGUCAGGAAAAUGAUUUGGUUGGAGAAACUUGUCCAUCUGUAACUGAUGAUGCAACUGAGAACAGUGAUAACUUUCAGCAGAGCCCAAGGGAAAGGUCCUUAGAGCUUGAAGCUUACCAACUGGAGCUACAGUGGUGUGAACAGCAGUGUGCUCAGCAACAAGGAACCAUUAAUGAAUUACAAAGAAUCUUGUAUGACAGCUUUUUUCUGGAGGCAGAAAAUCAGCAAUUGAUAAGAAUGACCCAAGAGUUGAGUGAAAUGAAAGAUCAAGAAAUUGAGCAACUCACACAGUUGUGUGGCCAGAAAGACCAGGAUUAUGAAAGAAUGGCAGAGUUGUGUGACCAGAAAGACCAGGAUAAUGAAAGACUAGCAGAGGAAAUUGAAAGACUAAGAGGGGAGCACAGACAGGAAACUGACAGACUGCGAGGGGAGCAUGCACAGGACAUAGACAGACUGAAAGGAGAACAUAGACAAGAAACUGACAGACUUAGAGGGGAGUUUGUACAGAUGAUCCAUCAAAUGGACCAAAGAAGUAAAUGUUCUCAGACCCAAAUAGAGAAUCUGAGAAGAGAGAGACAAGAACUUUCUGAGGAACUGCAACAGAUCGGUGCAGAGGUCCGAGAGUCACACGAACGUAAACUUGAACUUGAAGCGGAACUUGAGUGUAUGAGGCGUGAUGAUGAAACGUUGUUAGAUCAGAGGAUGACAGAACUUGUACAAGCUUUUAUUAACGCGGAGUCAGAUGAAGUAAAAGUAAUGAAACAGGAACUUGCAAAAGAAAAACGGAAAAGAAGAGAAGCAGGGGAGACUAUUAAAGGCUUGUUUAAGGCAAUGAUGAACGAAUUAAUGGAAAGUUCUGGUAGUGUCGCAUGUGCUGAUGGAAUGCAGGAGGAUCCUGGUUCAAGCAGCACUGAGUCAACCGUAGUAGAAGCUGAUGAGGAGAGUGAUGACGGUGAAGAAGUAUUCGAGGAUGCGCUGGAUCAUUGGUGAUUGGUGUAAAUCUGGAGAGAGUGUUUACCCGCUCAUUCGUAGAUAGUUUGAUGUCUGAAUUUUGUUGUGUCACUAAACGUCAAUUGGACUUUGAAAUCAGUGACAUAACUUUUUCCAUUUGUGAGGUCAUGUGCAGUAAAAAGUAGCCGAAGUAAGCUGAAUUUUAGUAGGGUUAUCACAUCAUACGAGCAACUUUUGUAGGUGGAAAUGCUUUUUAAAAUUGUUGGUUAAAUAUAAUUUUUUAAACUUGCCGUUUAUGAGUGGCGAAUGUCUAUUUUAGGUGUUACCGUGUAGAAUAAUUAGUUGUAUGCAACGAGUAUUUUUUCAUAUGAAACAGUUGACCUUUUUCCAAAC